AAAAUAAAAACUUGAAUUAAAAAUAUUUUUAUAUAAAAAAAACAAUAUUAUCAAAAAAUUUUAAUCAAUUUUAAAGAUAGUUUUCAAUUAAUAAUGAGUGCGUGCUUAAAUCAAUUUGGACUCGCUGAUAUUAAUUGUACCGUAAUGGUUGACGAAAAUAAUAUUGCAUUUGUUUACAAUGAUAUGGUCCAACAUCUUGUCGCAAAUUUAACCAUGGGUAUUGAUUAUAAUCCAUGGAUAUUUGCGGCAUUGGGUUCCACAUUAAUUGGCCUUAGUGGUGUUUUCCCGCUUUUAAUUAUUUCCAUUGAUGAUGGCAUUAACAUGAAAAAUGGUGCUGGAGGUCAUCAACUAAAAGUCCUUUUGAGUUUUGCCGUAGGUGGUUUACUUGGUGAUGUUUUCUUACAUUUAUUACCAGAAGCAUGGGCCAACGAUGCUAAAUUUAAUUCAAAACAUGGCGGCUUAUCAAGUGGAAUAAUUUUAUUAUGUGGAAUGCUUUUAUUCAUUGUUAUCGAAAAAUUAUUUUCUGGUAUAAACAAUCAAGACGACAGUACAAAUGAACAAAUUGUUGAAAAAAAAGAAAAUGUGGAAAAUUUAAAUAAUAAUAUUAAGAUCGACAAAGAAAAUUUACAAAAUGGUUACACAAAAUUAAGUAAUAAUGGUUUUAUCACAAAAACUACAUAUCAUGAACCCACCGUUGUCAGUGCAGUCAAACCUCAUCAGUUUAAACAUGUAUCUGGCUAUUUAAAUUUAAUGGCAAAUUCAAUCGAUAACUUUACACAUGGUUUAGCUGUUGGCGGAUCAUUUUUAAUUUCGUUACGUUUGGGUAUGUUUACAACAGUUGCAAUUCUAGUCCAUGAAAUCCCACACGAAAUUGGUGAUUUCGCCAUCUUAUUAAAGUCUGGUUUUUCACGAUGGGAAGCCGCCAAAGCACAAUUAUGCACGGCUAGUGGUGGAAUGAUUGGUGCGUUAGUUGCUGUUGCUUCAAGUGGAGGAGUUGUCGAAGGUCAAACAUCUUGGAUAUUACCAUUUACAGCCGGUGGAUUUUUACAUAUAGCAUUAGUAACAGUUUUACCAGAUUUAAUAAAAGAAGAAAAUUCAAAAGAAUCCAUUAAACAAUUUUUAGCUUUAAUAUUUGGAAUUAUAGUUAUGGCCGCAAUGACAAUGAUUGAGUAGAAAUAUGAACUCUUACUUUUUUUUAAUGUACAAAUGUUUAUUAUUAAUUUAAACAAAUUAAAACAAUAUUCUGAGGAAAAAGAAAAAAGAAAUAAAAAUUGCUUGGAUUAUUUCACUUAAAUAUCAUGGUCUUUUGAGUGUAAUAUACUUUCGAAGUUCUUGAGGAAUCAAUUCCAAUUUGAAAUACAGCAGAUAGAAUUAUUGACCAGGCUGUAUAUAAUAUUUAAGAGUUUAGACUGAGUAUGCAUAUUUCGUUUUAAAUUCGAGAUAAUCAAAAAGAUUACAAACUAAUAUUAAAUCUCUUUCAAACCUUGACCAAGCACCAAAGAGAGGGUAUUUCAAUCCAAAUGUACCUGUGGGGAGUAGUCGUAGAUUUUUGACGAGUCGCCAUCUUCAUGUUGAGAAUUAAAACUUUUCAGAUCACUCUCUUAUUAUGUGGCGAGAAUACUUUGAAUUUCGAAAAGAAGUCACACGCGAAAUCGACUGGAUCGAUAAAUUAUUUAAGAGAAUUAUUUUUUCAUCAACGUAGCUUACAAUUGUCUGCUCAGCUUGUUUUAUUUAACACGAUCUCGAAAAAGAUUCUGACCCAAAAAUUUUUUAUAGGCUAUAAAAGACCAUGAUUUUUAAAAUAAUAAAUUAUUUUUCUAGUAGACAAAUAAAAAAAAAUGUAUAUAUUAAUUUUUAUUAAAGACAGUAUUUUUACACUCAACCGUGCAGAGAAAUUAAGAGGAAAAGGUACCAAAACUAUCAGAAAAUUUUAGACUGUUUUAUAUCAAAUU